GGACCAAUUAUCAACUAAUGAGGGAUCUGAGGUUCAUUGUGAACGACCACCAGCUAGGGUGAUAACUAAAAAGAAGAGAAGUAUUAUAGGAAAGCAAUAUUAUGAAGAGUUCUCUAUAGAAUUUUGGAAAGAACCCGAUAUUUGUUUUUCUGAUAUUCGUAUUUACUUUGGAUCACAACGUUCUACGACGCUAUCUAAUACAACCAUUCAAUCAACACUCUCAACAUCUGGUCCUCUUGAGACCGGUUCUGAUACUUCUUUUUCUUCACAUAAAUAA